AUGGCUUCCAAGGCAAUUGCAUCAAUUGCCAUUCUCUUGACCCUUAACCUUCUCUUCUUCACUAUGGUCUCUUCCCAAUGCCUAACACCUCCACCACCAAAGUCAUUGUCACCUAAACCAAGCCAAGCCAAGCCAAGCCAAGCCAAGCCAAGCCCUAAGCCAGUAGGUAAGGGAAGUUGCCCAAAGGACACCUUAAAGUUUGGUGUUUGUGCUAAUGUUCUAAAAAACUUGGUCAACAUAGUACUGGGAAAGCCACCCAAGAUCCAUUGCUGCACUCUCAUUAAAGGUCUGGUUGAUCUUCAUGCUGGUUGCCUUUUCACCGCCAUGAAAGCAAACGUCUUGGGCCUUAACCUCAAUAUCCCAGUUUCCUUGACCUUGCUUCUGAACUACUGUGGAAAGAAGGUCCCAUCUGGCUUCCAGUGCACCUAG